GUGCGAUCUCGAUUCUGUUCCUCCUCCCAGCCCUCGCCUCCCACUCGGACUGUACUGUCUACUCCUACAGCUCUCACACAAUCUGGCCCUGCGUCGAACAAAGCAUGAGCACCGUGAUUGAUGUCUCAGGAAAACUCGGCGAGUACAUGCUCAAAGGCUGGGUAAGUGCACACACACAUGUCUCCUACAAAGAUUGCUCACUUGCAACGGCGCAGGUAUUGACCGACAGGAUAUGUUCAAAGUGCUCCAGGGUUCCCCUCAUGCGCUCGCCUUCCGGUCCUACAGUGCAUUUCUGCGCAAACUGUGACGCAACGCCAUCCCCUCCCGCUGCAUCCUCCAGCCGUUCCGGUCUCGAACUAUCUGGGCGUACACCUCCGACUCGCGCAUACUCCGGACAGCUCGACGAGAAAUCAUCUGUCAGCAGCUUCUCGAGCAUGAUUCCUUCGCGCACCUCAACACCGCCGACGGAAAUCUCGCAAGCACCAAGCUCGCCGACGUUUGCUCCCCCGGCAGACAUGGGAGAGAUUUUGCGAAGGAGACAGCAAUCGGACACUGCAUCUGCAGAAAUCGGAAGACGUAUGCUGAAAGGCUGGGCGAUGUUGGCAGAUGAGUGUCCCAACUCUGACUGCUACGGCAUUCCGCUUGUGCGUCCACCCAAGGCCGGUGGUGAGAAAGACCCCCGAAAGGAAUGUGUGAUUUGCGGUUCGGUGUACGUUGACGAAGACGGAGUUUUUGGGUCCCGUCUAGUACCUUUGCAACCUUUCCCAUCAUCCAGCGUCGGUGCGGAACGUUCUACGGGGUUGCCCCAGCCCCCACUGCUACCAGCACAACCCGACUCUGCUCCCCAGAUGGAGAUGCACCCAUCGACAUCGACAAUUCACUUUGACAAGGGGAAGGCGGUACGGAGACAUGCCACUCUGCCGGUUCGUGGAACUGCAUAUCGUCUAAUUCACAAGCAUUAAUCACUACUGUGUGGUGGCAUACAGCCGCUUUCGUCCAAUCCGGCAAUUCUGAAUCAGCCACCGCCUUCCGUUCUGCCAACCACAAGCUCUUCUCUGGCUGUGCAGGAGUCUGUUCAGUCACUCGAAUUUGCAUUGCAUGCCCUGUCUGAACGCAUGAAACAACUCUCCGGCGGCCC